AUUGCCACCUUUUGCAUUAGAGCCCCCCCUGGCGUCCCCCCUCCUCUUUUGCAGAUAAGUCCUCGGCUCCCAUCUUUUUCUUACAUCUAGGUCCCCGUGGUUCUUUUUUCUCCUUGUGUUCUUGCGAGGAGCCCCCUUGGGUUUGUCGAAUUUUCAGUUGAGGUCCUUGUGGUCGAGGUUGGUGGUUCGGUUCCCCCAUGUUUACCUAUCCAUUCAUCUAACGGCCGCCGUCCUCCGAUGAAGCUGAAGGUGCUCCGCCGCCGCCGUUCCCACUCCUUCUCCGUUGCUUUCCUGUACUGGUUCUACGUCUUCUCGUGAACUCGUUGCCUCGUCGUCUCUAGAACACCACCACCUGCUGUGUCUAGCUGAUUAGAUCUUAGCUCUCUUUUUUUGUUUCUUUUCUUUUGUGUUGUUGGGAUCUGUUCUUUUUUAAAUCUCGAGGAGAGAUCCGGUUUCUUGGGUUGAGUUUUGGGCCGAGAACCGACGGCUGUGACCAUGUCGUCGCCUUCGCGCCGGAGCUCCAGCCCGGAGAGCAACACGAGCGGCGGUGGCAGCGGCGCCGACGAGCGGAAGCGCAAGAGGAUGCUGUCGAACAGGGAGUCGGCGCGGCGCUCCCGCGCGCGCAAGCAGCAGCGCCUCGAGGAGCUCAUCGCCGAGGCGGCGCGCCUCCAGGCCGAGAACGCGCGCGUCGAGGCGCAAAUCGGCGCCUACGCGCGGGAGCUGGGCAAGGUGGACGGCGACAACGCGGUGCUCCGCGCCCGCCACGGCGAGCUCGCCGGCCGCCUCCAGGCGCUCGGCGGCGUCCUGGAGAUCUUCCAGGUGGCCGGCGCGUCCGUCGACAUCCCGGAGAUCCCGGACCCGCUGCUCCGCCCCUGGCAGCCACCGUUCGCGGCGCAGCCCAUCGCCACCGCCGCCACCGGCGCCAUGGCUGACGCCUUCCAGUUCUGAGCUGCCUCCUGAUUCACCAUGAGCUCACAAUGCCAUGGCCAUGGCUGCCGCUUGCUUACCAAAGGCAGCUGCUUUAUUGCUACUACUAGCUUGUGUGGUUGUGCACUAUGCUGCAUAUGUUUAAUUAUGGUUUGAUUCAUGUUAUUUGCAUUAAUCUUAGAUUAUCAAUAAGUAAUGUGUGUUGUAAUCUGUCUUUUUAGAUGCAACGUGCUCCUUUCAUGUGCUUGUUCUAAUAAGUGUGGAACAGAACAAAUCUGAUUUGAUGUAAUUCUUGGAGCACAUGUAUGCCCCUGGCCUGUGAUGCUCAUGAACUGAUUGUAAUAUCUUGACAUUGGAAUCUAUGGUAUAUGUUUGCGUCAGUCAAAGUACCCUUCUGUCACUGGAUUGUUUAA